AUGCAUCUCAAGGUUCUCUUGUGUGUUCUAGCUGCAUUUUAUGAAUCAGCAAUUUCUCAAACUGCUGAAAAUAAAACCCAGACAGACUUGGUUCCGCUACUGCUUGUAUCGUUUGAUGGCUUCCGUGCAGACUAUCUGGAAAAAUACCAAUUCCCCAAUCUGAAGAAAUUCUUUUCUGAAGGGGUUUUAAUUGAUCACCUCAGUAAUGUCUUUACUACCAAAACCUUUCCUAACCAUUACAGCAUCGCCACUGGAUUAUAUGCUGAAAGCCAUGGCAUUCUGGCCAGUCACAUGUAUGACUCGGUGACACACAAAGAGUUCUCUGUUCAAAAUAGUGACCCUUUUUGGUGGAAUGAAGCAACACCGAUUUGGGUGUCUGUGCAGAACUGGAAUUAUAAAUCUGCAGCUGCUAUGUGGCCGGGAACUGAUGUGAUGAUUCAAAACCAUACCUCCACGUAUUUUUUGGGGUAUGAUCCAAAAGUAAGCUUCAGGCAGAGGUUAGAGAACAUCACAACCUGGAUGACAGAAGACAAAUUGGUUAAGCUUGGUGUUCUUUACUGGGAGGAACCUGACCACUCUGGACACAUCUUUGGGCCAGAAAACACCACUGAAAUGGCCAAGGCACUGAAAGAGGUGGACGAUCAUAUUGGGUUUCUGAUGGAGCAUCUCAACGAGACAGGACUAUGGGGAAACAUUAAUGUCAUUAUUACAAGUGAUCAUGGCAUGGUGCAGUGCUCUAAAGACAAACUUAUUCGGCUUGAUGACUGUGUAAAUCGCAGCAGCUAUGCGUUGGUGGACACAACUCCGGUGGCUGCCAUCCUCCCUCUCACAGAAUCCCCAGAUUUGUUCAAAAACCUGAGCAAAUGCCAUGCUCACAUGAAAGCUUACCGGAAGGCUGAGAUCCCUGAUCGACUGCACUACAAAAACAAUAGGAGGAUUCAGCCCAUCGUCCUAGUGGCUGAUGAAGGCUGGACAAUUGUCCAGAAUGGCACACUUCCACGUUUGGGCGAUCAUGGAUAUGAUAACUCCCUGCGCAGCAUGCAUCCUUUUCUGGCAGCCAACGGUCCUGCCUUUCGCAAAGGCUAUCGCAUGAACAGCAUCAAGAAUGUGGAUCUCUAUCCACUGAUGUGCCAUCUCCUGGGCAUUCAUGAGAUGCCAAAUAAUGGUACCUUUUCCAGUGUGCGCUGUGUGCUGCAGAGAGAGAACUGUUCACAGUUAGCAAUGGUGGUAGGCAUCGUCAUCGGUGCACUCCUAGUGCUUAGUGUCAUCACUUUACUCUUCAGACUGAUUAAGAACAAAGAGUUCUCUGCGUCACGGCCGUUUGCCCGGUUAGAGCUGCAGGACGAGGAUGAUGAUGAUGAUCCUUUGCUUGAGUAAACUUCCUAAAGGACUUCCUCUAAGCACAUUGCAUACUUCCCAAAGACAAACCAAAUCAUACAUACGCUUCAUUGUUAAAAGUAUGCCGACACGCCUGCUAAAUAUUUUAUUAGUUAUUAGUUUAGGUGUUUCAGCCACACCCAUUGCUAACCAGUGUAUGAAAUCAAUAAUAUUUAAUAAAGUGCUUGGGUGGUGCAGCAGUCUAUUAUGCUAGCUCACCAUUGAGACCCAGAUUUGAAUCUCAGCGGUGCUAUAAAAGGGGCUGGACAUCUACACAGACUUGAUUGGUUGAAACCAGCCAAAACAGAACCUACCACAGCCCUGAGCAGGCUGACAUCAAGUACAAAUGCUCAUUUGACUCUGAUACACUCCGAAGUCUUGUGAAAAGCUUUCCCAGAAGAUUGGGGGUUGUUAUAUCUCUAAAUGGUGGGUGGGCAGAUCCAUAUCAACACCCAUGGAUUUAGAAUGGGAUAUCUAAUAAGGCCAUUAUGGUCAGGUGUUCACAUACUUUUGGCCAUAUUGUAAAACUACUUGUCAGAUUGCCCUGCAUUAUUCACCUGCACAGCUGUGACCACUUUAUCCAGUUUAGGGUUAAGAUAGAUUCAGAGUCUCUUAAACACCCAAAGCAAAGCAGGAAUACACCCUGAACAGGGUAUCAAUACAUUACACUAACACACACCUUACCCACUGAUUCACUUUCUCACUAGGCUUAAGGCCCACUCCUUCACCAAUGCUAUGUUACCCUUAUGUUACCAUGUGACUUCCCUGUAUGUCUUUAGAUUUAAAGACCUGGCUUAAAAUGUAUUCAUCUACUCAUUAAUUCACUAAACAUUAGCAGGUGUGCAACUUUUUUUUGUCCACAUGUAAGAGCAUUUAACACAUUAGUGAGAUUGAUGCUUUAAAUGAAUGACAAGAAAGAAGAACCUUUACACCGUGGUAAUCUCUUCAGCCAAAUAUUUUGUUUUGUUAAGAAAAAUGCUUAUUUACAAAGUUGCAUUAUAGUCUAACCAAAAGUGAUUGGUGCUGAGCUGUUCCAUGCAAAACUAAUCAAAUGUUAAAUAA